AGAAACUUCCACCAACGCACACACAUUGCAACCCCACUACCUCCUCCCUCUAGCAGCAUCGCGGUUCAGCUGAGCUGUCUCUGCAAAGCUUCUCCAAGAGGAGCACAGCAGCAACACGCAAGUAGUCCUUUCCAGGGAAGAACUGGGAUCUCUUUCUCCUCGCAGGAAGCGCGAAACAGCAGGAUCAAGCUCUUCGGUCUCUCUCUGCGAGCGCCUCCGCACUCCACCCCCCCCUCCUCCCCCAGUCCCUCGGCGGCCAGAAUGUCAAGAGCUGAGUCGCGGCUGCCCCUCUGGGCCACCUUACUUUGCCUGCUCUACCUGACGGGCUGCAGCGGAGCCAGAAGAGCCCCCAAAGUCCCCCGCUGUCCCGCAACCUGCUCUUGCACCAAAGACAGCGCCUUCUGCGUGGACACAAAGGCUAUUCCCAAGAGCUUCCCUCCGGGCAUCAUCUCCUUGACAAUAGUGAACGCGGCCUUCACGGAGAUUCCUGAGGGUGCAUUCUCCCAUCUCCACCUGCUGCAGUUCCUGCUACUCAACUCCAACACUUUUUCCAUCAUUGCUGAUGAUGCCUUUGCUGGUCUUUCUCAUCUCCAGUACCUGUUCAUUGAAAACAAUGACAUCCAGGCCCUGUCCAAGAACACGUUCCGGGGGCUGAAGGCACUGACUCAUCUUUCUCUGGCUAACAACAACCUGCAGGUCCUUCCUCGAGACCUCUUCCGCCAUCUUGACAUACUGACUGACCUUGACCUGAGAGGGAACUCGUUCCGGUGUGACUGCAAGAUCAAGUGGCUGGUGGACUGGCUGGAGAAGACAAACACCACGGUGCCAGCGAUCUACUGCGCCAGCCCUAUAGAGUUCCAGGGCCGCAGGAUCUCUGACCUCACCCCCCGGGACUUCAACUGCAUCACCGCAGACUUUGCCGUGUAUGAGACCUUUCCAUUCCAGUCCGUAUCGGUGGAGUCCUUUGAGUAUGCUGGAGACCUCUAUGUGGUUUUUGCACAGCCUGACACUGGGAACUGCACCUUGUACGAGUGGGACCAUGUGGAGAUGGUCUUCAGGAAAUUCUACAAUAUCACCUCUCGCUCGGCAGUGUACUGCAAGCCUGUGGUGAUUGAAAACACUCUGUACAUGGUGGUGGCACAGCUGUUUGGUGGCUCACACAUCUUCAAGUGGGAGAAAGGUCCUCUGAGGUUUGUGAAGAUCCAGGAUAUUGACACCACGCGCGUCCGCAAACCCAACUCUGUAGAAGCUUUCCUCCUGGAGGGAGACUGGUUUUUUGCUGUGGCCGACAGCUCUAAGGCGGGUUCCACCAGUCUGUACCGCUGGAACAGUAAUGGGUUUUAUUCCCACCAGUCCCUCCACCCCUGGCACCGGGACACCCACGUCGAGUACCUGGAGAUAGACGGCAAACCCCACCUCAUCCUGUCCAGCAGCUCCCAGCCGCCCGCGGUGUACAAGUGGAAUCGGGGGCAGCGCCAGUUCGCCUUCCACUCCCAGAUACCCAACGCUGUGGACGUGCAGAUGGUCAAGCACUUCCGGGUGCUCAAAGACCUUUACCUCUGCCUCACCCGCUUCAUCGGGGACUCCAAGAUCCUGCGCUGGGAGGGCCAGCGCUUCGUGGAGAUCCAGUCCCUGCCUUCUCGGGGUUCGAUGGUGGCCUACCCUUUCGCGGUGGGCCCCCGCCAGUACAUGGUCCUGGGCAGCGACUUCUCCUUCUCCCACGUCUACCUGUGGGAUGCUCUGACCCAGCGUUUCCAGCCCUUCCAGGAGCUCAAUGUGCGGGCCCCCCGAUCCUUCAGCUUGGUCUCCAUUGACAACAAGAACAUCCUCCUGGCUGCCAGCUUCAAGGGCAACACCUUGGCCUACGAGCACCUGCUGGUGGAUCUGAGCGCUAAGUAGAAAGUGCCAGGGAGGAAUAAUCCCACUUCUACAGGUUGGGGGCUUGAACGAUAUGGGUCAAGUCUGGAGUGCAGGGGGGUCUUAUUCGCCAUCCAAACAAUCCCCAAAUCAACCCCAUGCGUUAAUUAGUUAUACCGUUCUGCUCCAAUGCAUGUUUACAGGUUACAGGGCGGCCUUUAUUUAUUUAAGUGUUUUUGAUCCAGAGCAAAAGCUUCACUCCUCAUGAUGUGAAUGCCAGAAGGAAAAAUGCUACACACUAUUAAAUGAUGCACUGUAUCAGAAGGUAAAAUGUUAUUGACUCAUUGCACUGAGAGUUAAUUUUACAAAACACUAACAGAGGCCUUUGCCCACUGGAUACCACAGGAUUUCUCUUGAUGAAAUGCUUUGAGAGUUUUGCCAGUAUCAGAAUGAAAUACUAAGGAAACGGGCAGUUUUAAGCUCAUAGUCCCUUUCCGAUCCACACUUUUUUCAUCUUACAUACAGUAUUGAUGGAAUUACCAUUUAAAAAUUGCCUUUACAAAUUAAACACAACCUAUUUGUUUGUACUAAACAACCAAACUAAUGCUGCAUGCAAUCUACUGAAUUGCACAACGUGCAAAGCUCAUUAAAAUGAUAUUUUGUUGCAGAAGAAACCCACCGAAGAGAGAAAUUGUGUAGAAAGGUACUGUUACACCAUACAGAAACCUUACAAUGUGCCAAAUUAACUUUAUGACAAGGUACACAAUUGUCAGGAAAGAAAGAAGGUGUAGUGUAUAGCUAUUUCUAAGCAUUAUCUCCUUUGCUUUUUGUGAUACCUUACUUUGAAUGUGUUUGUAUGCCUUUCAUUGAGUAUAGAGCAAGAUGCCGGAGAUUCACAUGAAGGAAAAAUCCUAUGUCACAUGUAGCUGCAUCUCAAAUAUAACCCUGUUAUAUCAUUGCUUUGAAAAGGAUGUUUCUGUGGUAAUAUACUGUAUAUUUAAGGCCUUUAACUAUUUUAUUAAAAGCUGUUGGUGUUUGUUUAAAUUACUGACAUCUUUCUAAAAUGCACAGAAUGAUGGUUACUUUGUAAUACAAUAUUUAUUGUAAUUGUAGUGUUUAUUGGAAGGCCAUUCUUCAAAAUGUCUUGCAUGAAGACAUUAGAUUCAAGUUAAAUGGCAUUUCUUUCAUAAAUUGACUUGAACAUGUAUCUGUUAGUUUUUAAACCACCAAUUUACAGUAGGUGUUAAGGAAGAGGUGGGGCUAAUUUAAAACACUAACCUUUUUAAAGAUAUUUUAGUUUCAUUUUUGGAAAAGAAUGCCAGAACACUAAAGAAGCUAAUGAUAAGAAAAAAUAUGUCACUGUGAAGAAUAACUUUAAAACACUUUUUAGAUUUGUGCAAAAACAAAAUUGCCAAGGUCUGCAUUCAUUUAUAAUUGUAAUUUAUUGACUGUUAUAAGCAGGAGUAUCAGGAACACCUUAUCAUUUGCAUAGACAAAGAGUGAAAAAAUCAAUUAUUUUGAUUAGUUAUGCUCGGUAUACACUCUAUAUACAUUGCGAAAUGUGAUUGGUUAUCAUCCCUGUGACACAUCCUUAUUUGAGAAAAAAAUGUAUAUGUGAUGGAAAGUGUAUUUGAAUUGGAAAGCAAUUUAUUACAUCAACGAAGAAUACUUUAGCACUCAUGAGAUUUAAACAUCUAAUUGGUUAAA